UCCAACUCUUUCUCACUUCCCCCCCCAAAAUGACGUUCUCGCCAAUAGGCUCACAAGCACUUUAUUUCUAUCCUUGCAAGUGGGAUAAAAGCAAGGAUAAACUCCUCAUCGUCUCUUUAAUUGAAAAAAUUGAAGAGUGUAGGCCAACCCCACCCCACCUAUCGACACAUGCUCUUAUUGAUGCGAUGUUGAAGCUAAACUCUCAAUUGCACGCGGACGUCUCGCUCAAUGAGGUUGAGGGGCGGGUUGCCUUUCUACACGAUCGGUACGGUUGUUUCAAAUGGUUGUGUAACGUUAAGGAGACGCAAUACGAUCAAGCAAAUAAUAUCGUUCACGCCGUGGACGAAGUGUGGCUACGCUUGUUUAAGGAAAAUUCCUUGGCGCGAGCUUACUACUAUGUUGGUGAGCCGGAGUUCUUACUUUUAUGCCGCCUGUUUGGGAUUCAUGACGUGAAGAACGAGUUUUCCCAUACACUCAUCGUCAUCGACGACUCCACAACCGUUAACAAGCAAGCUCACUCAAGCGAUGACGAGGUCACUUCACCGGUACCCAAACCAGUCGCUAGAAAGCUAUUCGUGGAUGAUGCGUGUUCUAGUGUCGCGCCGCCCGCCUAUUCAUGGAAGGCACUUAAAAACAAAUUUAGACGGCCAAACAAUCCUCCCGCCAAGAAGAACGACGGUGGAAGUUCUUGCGCCUCGUCUUCCCCGUUCAAGUAGUUCAUGCUCGCGCUAUUACAUUUCUCAUUUAGUAAUUGGGAGAAUCCUUCUCGUAUUGCAUUGUUCAAUUUCCUUGUUUUUUAUUUCUUGGUUUAAUGGCUA